AUGGGAGACCUGAGGCGGCGAAUAAGGAUAAACUCAAGCAACUUGAGGAGAUGGUUAAGAAAUUGGCUGGAGACGGCGAGGACGACAAGUUGGCAGAGGUUUGACGGCACCGGCGACGCAGGAGAGCACAUCAAGAUGUAUAUCAUGUCCCUGUUAGAAUGGAAGAACUAUGACGUGGUAAUGUGCAAGUUUUUCCCAGCCAGUCUAGAAGGCGAGGCGAAUAAUUGGUUCUAUACUUUGCCUGAUGAGUCCAUUGGAAAUUAUGGUGUCCUAGUGGAAACAUUUCUUGAAAUAUACAUGCAUAACAUCAUUUCUCUCCCAAGGGUGAAUAAACUUUUCACACUGGCACGAAGGUUCAGGGAACCCUUAAGAUCUCUAACGGACAGAUGGAGGAAGCUGUGCACCGAUAUCGGGAAAGUACCUGUCGACCAACAGAUUUUCGGGUUCGAAAAUUCAUUAGGGAAAUCUGACCCUAUUUGGAUAGCAAUGUAUACUGAGAAACCGCAGACAUUAAGGGAGAUGAGGAAGAUGCAAGAGAAUUACAUCGCAUUAGAGGAGAUACAAGAAGGGGCGCAUGAUAGAGGAGUACAAGAAGCCAGUGCGUCGGUGGAACCUGUUCCUCGAGAAGACCCAACACGAUCAGAAAAAAGGCCGAUGGCACCACAACAAGGUUCGAGCAAGAAGGAAUGGGUCGAGAAAGGAAAGAAACCUCGUCACGAACCAAGAACGUACACGCCUCUGAAUGCACCAUUAGAGGAAAUACGAAGUAGAAAAGCGAAAUUACAUCAGAUACCCAAAGACUAG